AUGGCCUGGCGCUGCUCGGGCGCCUCCAACGCCGCCCUCGUCGACAACAUGUGGCGCCACGGCCUCAUCACUGACCCGUCGGUCAAGGAGGCCUUCUUGCGCGUCGACCGCGCCCACUACGCACCCGCCUGCCCCUACGAGGACUCGCCCCAGCCCAUCGGCCACGCCGCCACCAUCUCGGCCCCGCACAUGCACGCCUCGGCCGUCGAGCACCUGCUGCCGCGCCUGCUGCCCGCCUCGCCCGCCUCGCCCGCCCCGCGCGUCCUCGAUGUCGGCUCCGGCUCCGGCUACCUGACGCACCUGCUGGCCGAGCUGGUCGGCGAGCGCGGCCUCGUCGUCGGCCUCGAGCACAUCCCCGAGCUGCGCGACCUCGGCGCCGCCAACAUGCGCAAGAGCCCCGAGGGCGCCCGCCUGCUGGACAGCGGCAGGGUGCGCUUCAGGCUGGGCGACGGUCGCCUCGGCCUUUGCGAGGACGCGAGGCAGGGCGAGGAGGCCUACGGCACUGGCUGGGAUGUGAUACAUGUGGGAGCGUCGGCCAGCGAGGUGCACCCGCAGUUGCUUGACCAGCUCAAGUCCCCGGGCUGCAUAUUCAUCCCCGUAGACGAUGACCGGGACGGCUACUCGCAGCACAUAUGGCGCAUUGCCAAGGACGAUUCGGGCAACGUCUCCAAGGAGCGACUGUUCGGCGUGCGAUACGUGCCCCUGACGGACGCCCCGAGCAUAGCAUGA